AUGGGCAGACAGAACCUGCUUGCCGAAAGACGAAAGUCGCAGUCCUAUUUUAUCAUUGUUGAAUAUCAAGAUAGAAUUGGCGGGCGUUUACAUAAUGUCAAGUUUGGGAAGAAGAAAGACGGGUCCCCAUAUACCGUUGAGGCCGGCGCAAACUGGGCCAAAAAAUACAAGCUUCAAGCCCUGGCGACCGACUAUGACAACAAAACAACAUACGAUAAGACCGGCAAAAAUGAUUUUUCCAAGAUAAUAGCCAAUGCACAAGCCGCUAUGGAAAAGGUGGUUACUCAUGCUGGGUCACUGUUAAAGAAUAAUAUUCAAGACAAAACAGUUCGUGCGGCCCUUCGAUUUAUGGGAUGGAAUCCAGCUGCGAAUAAUGCACAUGCACAGUUUGCAGACUGGUUUGGCAGCGACUUCGAAUCUAGUUUCACUCCAGAGGAGAAUUCUGCAGUUUUCUCAUCUGUUGCUGACAACGCCACUUUCAAACACUUUUCUGAUGAUAACCUUUUCGUCUAUGAUCAACGGGGCUACAGUAAGUUACCCCUCCUAUUCUUCCGGGUUUCGCUUUUGACAAUUGCAACAUUUUCACUGGGAGUUUUGCAGCGUGAUGUGGUACAAUUCUACCCUCCAUUCCCUAGCUGGAAAAAAUCUGCCAUCUCAAGUUUUGAGAUAGGAACAUAUACCAAGAUAUUCCUCCAAUUCGACAAAGCGUUCUGGCCAAACAGUCAGUAUCUUAUGUACGCUGACCCCCAUGAGAGAGGUUACUACCCUCUUUUCCAACCGCUAGACCUUCCAGGUGCUCUCCAAGGCUCUGGAAUCCUUGUAGGCACCGUUGUGGGUAAACAGGCACGCAGAGUCGAAGCCCAAACGAACCAGGAGACCCAGGAAGAGAUUAUGAAAGUGCUUCGGACGAUGUUUGGAGAAAGCAUCCCUGACCCAACUGAUAUUUGGUAUCCGCGAUGGAACCAGGAGCCCUGGGCUUAUGGUUCGUAUUCAAACUGGCCCCCAUCAACCAGUCUGCAGGCACACCAAAAUCUCCGAGCAAACGUUGGCCGACUCUCUUUUGCUGGUGAGGCGACAAGUCAGGAGUUUUACGGCUACUUGCACGGCGCUUUAUUUGAGGGACGUGCAGUGGGACAGAUGUUGGCCACUUGCAUUAAUGAUCCAGUGCAGUGUACGGAUAAGAAUGGGCAACCACGGUACCCGGUACUGACUGGAGUCACUCCUUAUGAUCUAUACAAUGAGAAAAAUGGAUGGUUCGUGAGCACCAUGGCUUAG